AGUUUCUAGUUGCGUCAAAUGUCAAGUGGUCAAAUGUCAAGUGUCAAUUCCAGCAAGUCCGUUGGAAAAGUAGUGGAGAGCACGGUGUGAGACAGGCGUUGACCGUGUAGAUACCUUUUCAGCUCCUCUAUUCAGGGGAGUAUUCUUCCCAUCAUCGCUGCCAGCUUGUUGUCAUUGUGUGUCUGUACAAUGAAGAACAAGAAGGCUUUAGUGUGUGACAUUUGUGGCAAGAAGUAUAGAUUGGAAUUUUGGUUCCGAAAGCAUGUUGCUGCACAUCAGAAAGAAUGCAAGGCCAAUUAUGUUCUACCAACUGUCAGUUCAAUCUCGUCAGCAGCCAUAGACCCAUUGGAAGUGCUGCCUCCAGAGCUGGUACUCCGCAUUUUUUCACUAUUGGAUGCAGAAGAUUUGGUGCAUUUGUGGGAGGUAAACCGUCGUUGGCGGAAACUUGUGAAAGACCCUGCGGUGUGGCGUUCUGCUGAGAUGAACUUAGGCCUUGGCGUCCAUUCUGAAUGUCUCAAAGUUCUACUUCGAGCCCCUUGUCUUGGCAGGAUAGUCUUUAAUAUAGAGGCUAUCCUGACCGACAAAAUGAAAGCCACGCUGCUGAAAACUAAGACUAAGAUUUAUCGAGUGAAUGGUGUUUUAUUCUAUAGUAACUCAGACUAUGGCUGGGCAAUUCGAUUUCUUAAGUAUCAUGGCCCUCAUCUAGAAGAGCUGUCCAUGUGCUAUUUCAAUGAAGAACUGCUGAACACUGCAACCACACUGCCCUCAUUGCGCAGGCUGCACAUUGAGAUGGAUUUGUCGUCAACCUGUGAUGAGGCAUUGAGUGAGGUAGCACUUAAAGUGCCUGUUGGGUUUACUGGGGGUCUUAAGUGUUUUACUAUUGAGGAUAACAGAACACUACCGUAUGACUUUUUGGUGUCUCUUCUCUCAGCACACAGUCGCACUCUUCAAGAGGUAUAUAUGUGUGUGGGAACUCAAGUUGACCCGGAGUUUAAAUGGCCAAUAAGUUGUGACAUAGUGGACAUGCUCCUUAAAUGUCAGUUUAAAGCAUUGAAACACCUAAUUCUUGUCAGGCCAAGCGAUCUCUACCACUCGUUGUACCCAGAGAGUUGCCACAUGCAGAUGGCUGCUGUGAGUCUGUUGCUUCCAGACGUGGUUGUGACCUGUACCAUAUGUAAUGGGGAGGAAGGCAAAUUGUUCAAGGAAAAAAAUUUAAAAAUGUAUAUUUAAAUUUGUAUAUUUUAUAUCAUAAAUUUAUGAUAACUUUCAGGGGAAGGAGGUUUUGGCUGUAACCAAAGCAAAAGAAAACUGCAUUUAACAGUAAAGUAAAUGUACAAAAUUUUAAUGUAGGUAUAGACAAAAAUGAAUUUUUGGAAAACCUACAUACUUUGCUUCUUCUUAGUGUACAAGGGACUAUUAAUAGAACAAACAAAAGUUUAAACCAACCUCCAUAUUGGCAAGUAUCAUAGACAAUGAAAUAUGCUACACUCAUCUGUUGUAACAGAUAGAAUGUGAUUACUGUCUAUUUGGUCCUACUAACUAAUUUGGCAUUUACAAGUCUGAAAAUUCAUUGUAAGUCUACUGAAGUGAAGUAACAUAAAUAUGGGCAUGUUUGAUGAAUGUAUACAGACAUGGCAAUUAUAAAGUAACAUGAUUUGUCAA